GUUUACAAGCAUCAAUUCCCUUUUUAAGUUUAUAUAGUUUAAAGAAUAUCUUUAUCACUUAAUUAGAAUAUGAAUAAAUUAGCAAAACCGAUAACAAAAUAUUUAGAAAAUUGUUUUGGGAGUAAAUUAAAUGAAGAGGAUGAUAUGGACAAUAUAAAUUUACAAAAGAUCUGCAAUGCAGAAAACGAAGAGGAUACUCUCCGGAGUAUAAUUCAACCUAGGAAUGAAAGUGAUAAAUUCUUAUUUAUACUUUUUAAGAAAAAAAAUUCACUAUCUGUAUCUUAUCUUCGAUAUUUAAUAUCUCAAUUGCAUAUAUUCCAACCUAAAAUAAUAAUUGGUAUUAUAUUAUUAACGGUCUAUAAAAGAAUUAUUGAUGAGGAACCUAAACAAGCUAAAAUUAAUCAAUCAAAUCAGUUCGUUAUGGAAAGCUAUAACAAACUAUUCAGUCUGACCGAUUGGUACGAGAGACCUUCGACCAAAACCAAAAGGAGAAAACUUCUAAAGAGUAGCCCUUCAACAACUUUCGAUCAUAUUGACAAACUUGAUCACAAGAAGAAUAUAAAUCAAUAUGUUGCAGUUGCAGUAUUAGAAGAAAGCCUAUAUAUUCUAGAUAAUAUGUAUACGGUAGAUUGGAGAAGAACUCUAAUUCAGGAUGUUGUAGUGAGAGAUGAAGAGAAUAGUUACGAUAUUUCAACAAAAGCGGAGAGGUUGGUUGGCAUAGCGUCUUGUUUAAUUCAGAAAUAUCGUAAAAUUGCAAAUGCCGAAGUUCUAGCUGAUGAACUUUUAGAUGAUGAAAUAUUUCAUUGGAUGAAAGAUAUUAUGUAUACGACUAAACCUCUCAAAUUGAGGCGUCUAAAGGAAGUGUUAAACAAAGAUAGUACUGUAGAUCAAUUUACUUUACUAGUUAUUCAAUUAUUAUUAGACGGAGGAAGGGAAUUUAACGUUCGUUUGCUUUUGAAAAUGGAGGAAUCAUCAGUGAGAAUAAACCUUACGGAAAAGCAAGCUUUUGAUCUUCUCAUAAAAGGGAGCAACGUUAUUGAUCACUUAAUGAACAUAUACUUUGACGCUUUUGAGAAGAUCUUUGAGAAUAUCUAUGUUAUAAAAUUUGAUUCGGGUUCCGCUUUACCGGAAUUACCAAUUUUUCGAAAUAUCUUACAAUGCCCAAGAUUCAAACCCCGUCAAGAUUUAUGGGAUUCUUUCGUUUCUCCACUACUAGAACCGGAGAUAUUUCCUUCCUGGACAAAUAAUUCAAAGUAUACACCUAAUAUUAUUUUGGAUAUGUUUGAUGUAAUAUUUAAAGAAAGCGAAUCUGCAGCGGGACCCUCUCAGAGAAUGAUUAACUUUAUCUUUCAAAUUCUUAGUCGCAAUGUUUCCUCAUUAGUUGAUCUAAAAAUUGUCGGUCGAACUGAAGCUUAUCAGUACUACGCCAGUUUUUAUUGUAAGUUUUUUGCUCAGCUAGUCUUUUACGGCUUUCUGUUCGAUGAUUUCCGUUUAAGCCUAACAUUCCAUAGACAUGCAAGAAAACACAAUUUACACAUGAACUUCUUAUACGCCUAUUUAGAAAUGUGCAAUGAUAAGACAUUUCAUCAAAUCAUUAAGCAACAUAAUGGAAAAUGUUCAAUACGAUCUCUCUUCUCAAUAGCCAGAUGGAAAACUUUAAGAGCUAUUAAAAAACCUAUAAGGAGGAAUUUAAGAACUUAUCUACAAAGUUACGGUCUGUGGAGGAGUAAACUUUGUAAUAUACUCUGCUUUAGAACAGAAUUAGAUAAUAUAAAGAACAGUAUAUAAAAACACAAAGAAUUCUUAUAAUCGCCAUUUUUAUUAUGUAGAUAUGACCUUAAACUUACAAA